UAUUUUUUAAUUUUUAUCUUUUGGUAGUACCUUAGCUAUCCGGUGUCUAUUUACUAUUUAGUAUUUACAAAUAUCUAAAAAAUAAAGAAAAAAGAUUUAAGUUAAAAGAAAUAUUAUCCUAUUAGGAAUUGGUUUUAGAAAUUAUAAAUAUUGAUGUAAUUUAAUUAAGAUGAACCUUGAGAAGCGUGUAUUAGUAACAGGAGGAACAGGGCUUGUGGGUAAGGCCAUUGAGACUGUUGUGAAGGAAGAAAAACAAACAGGUGCUCAUGAAGUUCUCAAUGAGACCUGGAUAUUUUGUGGAUCCAAAGAUGCUGAUCUCAGAGAUAAAGUGGAAACUGAUGCUUUGUUUGAAAAACACAAACCUACACAUGUUAUUCACUUGGCAGCAAUGGUUGGAGGCCUUUUCCAUAACAUGGCACACAAUCUAGACUUCUUUAGAGACAACAUGUCAAUAAAUGACAAUGUGCUUCAUGCCAGCUAUAAGUACAAGGUGGUGAAGGUCGUGUCCUGCCUGUCCACUUGUAUAUUUCCUGACAAUGUUACCUACCCCAUUGAUGAAACUAUGAUUCAUAAUGGCGAGCCUCACACAUCUAACUUUGGAUACAGCUAUGCGAAAAGGAUGAUUGAUGUUUUGAAUAGAGGGUACCACGAGCAGCACGGGUGUCUGUUCACGUCGGUAGUGCCGUGCAACGUGUUCGGGCCGCAUGACAACUUCUCGCCGAGCUGUGGCCAUGUCAUCCCCGCGCUCAUCCGCAGAAUGGAUGACGCCAUGAGAAACGAAGAGAAGACGUUCACAGUGUGGGGUAGUGGCAAACCUCUCCGCCAGUUCAUAUACUCGUUGGACAUCGCCAAACUGUUCCUGUGGACGAUGAGGAACUACGACAGCAUCGAACCUCUGAUACUCUCCGUGGACGAAGAAGACGAGGUGUCGAUAGCGGCGGCGGCCGAGGCUAUCAAGCACGCGCUGGGCUUCGAAGGUCGGCUGCUGUUUGACACCGGGCGAGCAGACGGUCAGCACAAGAAGACAGCCUCCAACAAGAAGCUGCGCAGUCUAUUCGCGCCCGAGUUCACGCCCUUCCACCUGGCCGUGAGAGACACCGUGGCCUGGUUCCGGGAUCACCGGGACACCGCCCGCCUGUGAACCGUGCCCUCGGGUUGCAACAGGUGACCCGCUCCGCAACGUACACAUAUAUAUCAUAGUUAUAUUCAAGCAAUCCGCGAACGACAUGUUAUAUUCAGAAUGGGUUCGGUUCCUGAUGCAGUCUUAGUUUUAUCAAAAUUUUACCAAAAUUGGCCCGGGACUCCCUUUUAAGUACCAGCAGCUACCAGUGGGAGGCACCUUUGCACAGGAUGCCGGCUAGAUUAUGGGUACCACAACGGCGCCUAUUUCUGCUGUGAAGCAGUAAUGUGUAAACAUUACUGUGUUUCGGUCUGAAGGGCGCUGUAGCUAGUGAAAUUAUUGGGCAAAUGAGACUUAACAUCUUGUCUCAAGGUGACGAGCGCUGUUGUAGUGCCGCUCAGAAUUUAUGAGUUUUUUCAAUAAUCCUCAGCGGAAUAGUAAUGGGCAGGGUGUAUCAAUUACUAUCAGCUGCUCGUCUCGUCCCUAAUUUUCAUAAAAAAGUACUUGGCUAUUCCUCGUACUAUCGGUAUGACCAUCAGUACCUAUUUAGCAUUUGAUCUAAUUCUUGAAGCUGAGUACCAGAAGAACUCGCCACAAAUUAUUGUAACUACUUACGACUUACUUACAAAAAGUGCGGGUACGUCAAAGGCCGGUAACGUUCCAGUGGUGUUGCAAUAGCGUAUAAGUGUAUAUUUUACCGGGACACCAAGUAGGAGCACCCAGUCGCCGUAACCAACAAAAUAUAUAUAGCUCGAUUAGAGUUACUCACCUGGUGUCCGUUUCCAGGGACCAGCUUGGAAGCGUGCACAUAAUGAUUCUGUUCGCGCCACCACUAAUUACUAUAGAGUUGUAUGGUGUCUCAUUCACUGGGCCGCCAGUCCGGACGCCAGUGACGCUCCCUCUGUGUUUUGUUUUUAAGUUGCGUUUGUUAAUUUCAUACGAUUGAUAAUUUCGAUACAGAAAGGUUUAUUAUCGAAAUUCAAAGUAUACCAUCAAUUUGCGGCCGUUCUCAAUAUUCAGUCUAUCUCCAGUUGUGGCUGUCUAUCGUUGACUUUUCUGUCCCAAUAAACUUAUCGACGGUAACUCACCUUAUCCGUACACGCUGUCUCUGAAUGGGAGGACGUAUAGCUUACCAGCGAUAGAAGUUUGUAUGGAAAUUGAAAAUCACGCGACCCAAUAUAAGAAUGACUUAUCGGGUAUAUUGGAACAGCUUCAGAUUAUUGACAGCUAAUUACUGACAGUACUCGUAGAAGGUAGUAAUUUAUCUUUAUCUGUAGAUAGUAUAUUGGGAACGGCCGUUAGAAUAAUUCCCCAUCAGAUAAUUAGUUAAUAGAUGAAUCCAACACUGUUUCCGUUUUUCUCUUUAAUGGUAUUUUCCUGCUUACAUACAGCAGUUCUAUAUCUUCGAUACAUUUUGAUACCGUCUCAGUGGUGUGACUCUGGUGUCUGUAUGGUGUCUAAUUUGGUGUCACUAGUUGCCCCACCAUGGUGUCCCGGUGAAAUAUAGCCCUUAUUGGCGGCGAUUACUCACUAUCAGGUGACCCGUACGCUCGUUAUAUGUUCGCACAUUCCACAAGAAAGUAUACACUGGCGACAGCGAUGAUGAAUAAUUGAUUUACGGCGUCCACACUUUACCAGUGGUUGUCUCGACUGAAGUCUGGACGCCAGUAGGUUGAUGUUGUGCCCGCGUGGAUGUUUAUCACCGGCGCUCUGAGUACAGUAACGGAUGUUACGAACAUUCGCAUCGCUUGAUGUUUUGCGAAUUCGUACAGGACGCUGUCGUAUUUCGCCCGGUGACCGCGCGGUUUUUCGCUUCCCGCUCGCGCAUUCGCAAAUGUGAAAAGUUUGAUAUUCGUAACAUCCCUCUUCUAUACACGAUAAUACGUGCCAUGCGCCUACGGAUACAAUAUACCUACAACUUAAACUACAUAUUGUUAACUGAAUUUGUAAACGAAUCCAAUGUAUAGUAUUAUUUUAAUUUAUCAUUUUAUAAUUUAUAAUCGAUGAAAUAACUUCAAUUAUAUUUGUAUGUAAAUAGUGUAAUAUUGAUAUAAAUAAAGUGAGAUAUGAAAUAA